GAGCGGGCGGCCCUGCCCUCGCCUCCCGCCGCGGCGGGGGAGGAGCGCGGUGUGGGCUGUGCCUGGCACCUGCGCGGCGGGCGGGGCCGAGCCCGGGGCCGCGCCGGGCGCCGCCCGUGCCUCCGCAGCCGAGCGCGGCGCUGAGCAGGCGGCGGCGCAACAGGUACCGCCGCGCCGCGACCGCCGGCGCCCAUGGCGGCUCACGGCUCCGCCGCCGAGCAGGGCUACAUCCGCACCGUGCUGGGCCAGCAGAUCCUGGGGGAGCUGGACAGCUCCAGCCUGGCGCUGCCCUCCGACGCCAGGCUCAAGCUCACGGGCGGCCGAGCCGGCGAGGAAAAGACGCUGCGGCUGCACCGGCAGGUCCAGCAGACGCUGGCCAGGAAGAGCAGGGGAUCGCUGGUGAACGGCAGUUUACACCGUGCUUCCAGUGUUCCAGAACAUGUUUAUAACAUGGGGAUUACUGAAAAUGAUUUUGUACCAAGAGCUCAAUAUGGUUUCUCAUAUUAUCAGUCAAACCAGGUGGCUUCGCCAACUUCUUAUACAAAUGGCUGGGGGACUAGAACCACUUACAAGUCAAUGGAAGAGAGAUCUCAAAGGCAACCUCUGAAGAGAUUAGAGAUUUCUCCCCAACGAGGCCCUGAGAGAUUAGCAUAUGUGCCCAAUGAUUUUCACUAUGACAGAGGGAUUCAAGCUGGAUUCUCUAUGAGGCAUGGAGAUAGCAGGAGAUCCAAUAUGACUGUCCCACCAAGAUAUGCUCGAUCUGAGAUUAUUGGUUACACUCUUCAUGAUUCAGUGAACAGGGGACGCUCUUUUAAAAGGCAGUCGCGCAUGGGAGCUGUUAAUGACACUGUCUUUGAUGGUGUCCUCCCCAGCCCCACUGUACCUCUGCACCAGCAAGUAGGCAACAGUCGCAGUAUGACCAACCUUUUGGAGAAGGAGAAUUACCUGACCUCAGGCAGUGCAACAGGACAAGUCAGAUCACCAGUUGCUUCCUAUAUUGGGUCUCAGAACAGGCAAUCUUUGAGGUCCAGCUGGCACCAAACUACUUUCAGAAGCACACAGACCAGGAGGGAAGCUUCUCACCCAGCUUCAAUAACCAGUGUUGCUGCAGAAACAGAUGGGAAGAGAAGGCCAUUGACAGCUGCUAUGGCGGCAGCAGGGAGAAAUGGUCUCCUGCAGAGUGAACAAGUUGCCAUCAAUGGAUCUCAGCUAGGAAGCCCAGAAGGCGAGAUGACUUUGGAGCAUGCAAUGGGCAUAUUGAAGAGUGAAAAUACACAGACGCCAUCUAGGGUUCUUGCUGCAGUGACUUUCAUACAGCAUGAGUGUUUCCAGAAAGCAGAAGCCAGAAGAAAAGUUUUCUCACUUGGUGGUAUCCCCAAACUUAUACAGCUUCUGGAUGUUCAGAAUGAGGACAUUCAGCGGGCAGCAUGCGGCGCUCUGAGAAACUUGGUGUUUGAAGACAAUGACAACAAGCUGGAAGUGUCGGAGCAGAAAGGGAUCCCCCUCUUGCUCCGUGUACUCCAAUACACCAGGGAUGUAGAGACUAAAAAACAAAUAACAGGUUUGUUGUGGAAUUUGUCCUCCAAUGACCAGCUGAAGCACCUGUUGAUUAGAGAAGCGCUACAGACACUGACGGAAACUGUUCUCAUUCCCUACUCUGGCUGGCCAGAUAGAGAUUACCCAAAGUCAAGUGUCUUACCUGACCCUGAUAUUUUCUACAAUGCCACAGGAUGCCUGAGAAACAUGAGCUCUGCUGGCCCAGAAGGAAGGAAAAAGAUGAGAGAAUGUGAUGGAUUGAUUGAUUCUCUUGUGUAUUAUAUUCAAGGAGCUAUUGCAGAUCAUGAGCCUAAUGACAAGGCCACAGAGAAUUGUGUGUGCAUUCUUCACAAUCUCUCCUAUCAACUAGAGUUAGAGCUCCCUGACAGCUAUGCCCAAAGCAUCUAUAUGCAAAGAAGAAAUAUGUCUACCAGUGAUAAAACACCAGGCUGUUUUGGAACACGGAGCAGAAAAGUGAAAGAGAAGCAACAGGACACCCCACUACCGGAGGAAAAGAGCAAUCCCAGAGGCGUAGAAUCACUCUGGCAUUCCACACUGAUCAGGAUAUAUCUUUCCUUAAUAGCAAAGAGUACCAGGAACUAUACCCAGGAAGCAUCCCUGGGAGCACUUCAGAACCUCACAGCUGGCACUGGACCAAUGCCGUUUGCAGUGGCCCAGACUGUAGUUCGGAAGGCAAAUGGCCUUCCGAACAUUCGAAAUAUGCUGCAUGUAAGCAACCCGACGGUGAAGAAAACAGCAGUCUCUUUGCUCAGGAACUUAUCUCGCAACGCCUCUCUGCAAAGUGAUAUAGCUAGAGAAGUUUUGCCUGAUUUGGUCUCGAUACUUCCUGAUUCUGUCCCAGAGUCUGAUACUGUUUAUGAAACCACAGCUUCCAUCUGCUACACCUUGUACAAUUUGACACAGAGCAGUUCCCACAAUGCGCGGCUUCUGCUUAACACUGGUGGCCUACCAAAGAUUAUUACCAUCAGCAUGAAUGACAGUAACAAGUUCAGCAAAGCUAGCAGGGCUGCUUCCCUUCUCCUCUACUCCUUGUGGUCACAUACUGAUCUCCAUAGUGCUUACAAAAAGGCCGACUUUAAGAAGACAGAUUUCAUCAAUAACAGGACGACAAAAGCCUAUAACUCUCUAAAAGAUUGAAUCAGAUCAUAACACCACUGAAGAGGAAUGAGAUAAUACAUCAAUUAAUAUAACUGUCUUCACACAAUUGGUGUUUCCACCACAAACCAGGAAGUAUCUCAGAAAAAAGAGGCUGAUUUUAUAUAAGACUUGAGUGACCAGAGGAUAGGUGUUCUACCUUUUUAAUCUGAAUCACAUUGUUGUCACUUGUAUAUACUAAUAUAUGAAUAACCAAAGACGGAUUCUUCAGGAUGUCUGAGGCAAAGUUUCGUUCAGGUUUACCACUAAUCAGAGCUUCACAUGACUGCCUUUAGUCUAACAGGCAUUUAUGCAGAGAGGUUUGAAAUGCUGAUUGGCAGCAAAUUCUUUACACUGCUUUACACAGAUAGAAUUCUACAGUGGGUAAGCAUCAAGUGCGCUGCUCAGGACAUAGUAAUUUUUCACCUUUUUGUUUCUUCACACAUGUUAAAUAAGCAUCUCCAGACUUUGUGAGUACACACAAGAAGCAGUUUCACUACCUGCAUUAUGAAAGCACCGAGGAAGUUAAAACGAUUAUUUUUGUACUGCUUGUAUUAAUGUGCUCACUGGUUCUUAAGCCUCUUUGCUUUGAGAUUUCAUCAGCAACAACAAAAAAAUGAUAGAUUUUACAUAGGUCUCAUCAUGCCUUGCUCCUCCCAUCCUCCCUCACACAGCUGUUGGAAUUGAUGACUGUGUCCAGAAAGGGUUUUAAAUAGAACCAGUGUCUGUCAGAAAGCUGAACUUAAAUCCAUCAUUCUUUGUUAAUUGGUAGAAGAGGUAGUUGCUAGUGAUUCAGUGAUUGUUUUAAGAAAAAUGCAUUCUCAAAAUAAUUCUGUUGAUAUUUAUAUGUAGUCAAGGGGGUGUAAUCUUGUCUUUAUUGUUGAAGAGAGAGAUGCACACACACACACACACACACACACACACACAAGAUUAGGAUCAUGGUUGCUUAAGGAAUUCAUCUGAUCCUGCUUCAUAUUCUCUUACUUGAAAUCAUGAUCCUCCCUACAGCAAAUACCUGCAAUGUGACAACUGAAGGAGUAUGUCUGCACAUGUGGGAAUAGGUAACAGGAGAAGACAAAUUCCUAAGCACCUGAAGACUGUUCCCAUUGAUCCUAGGAGAGGAAGAGAGGAGAAGCACAAAACACACAUCUGAUACCUUUUGUAAGUGAGAAUUAUCUCAACAAACCAGCCAUUAGAUUGUCCAUUAGACCCACUGGACAUAAAUAUAUAAAGCUGGAUUAUGAGCUGACAUGAUCUGACAUUACUCUGAUGGAGUCAGGGGAGCUAAGCUACAUCCAUGGCAACCAAGGUUUUGGCAUAUGUAUUUACAGGCCUUCCUGCAACACUGUACUGUACCCCGACUCUGAAUUGGUGGUACAGGAGCUAUUACAGCUGUUCUUAUCCAGAAGGGGAUGCAUAAUUGUUAGAGCCAGGGCCUCAAAGAGGAGAGCAUCAGGCCUGUUCGUUUUAACACUCUUGACCAAAGUUUUAGCUCCCACCAGAAAUGCAGCACCAGCAGACUGUGACAUUGCAUGAUGCCCAGAUGUAUCUGGUUAUCAGGGAGCUAAAUUCUGCUUGCAGAUGCACAUAGUUCUCAUUGACUUCUCAGGAAGUCACAUAAGUGCAUCCAGAACAGAACAUGUCCUGGAAAGUUAAACAAACAACCCUGUUUUCCCAUCACAGAUCAUUUUCAUAGAUUUGUUAGUCCUUUUCAUUUGCUUUGAAUAACUCAUAUCAAAUGCAUUCCAGUAGGAGGUUCUAAAAGUACUAUUGUUUUUUUAGAGGUCAUUUUCAAAAUACUCCAGGUCCAAAACCAACACAGGGGAAGGGAACUUACAGCACCUCAUGUAGAGGAAAGUGUUUUGUUUUGUUUUGUUUUGUUUUGUUUUUUAAUGUGACUGAAAACAAACAAUUAAAAUCUAACCUUUUCUUCUAAUGUGUUAACCCAAAUAAGACUUCAUAUACCAUAAAUGAAUAAACACCAGGAGACCUGGACUAGUCUACUUUUACUGCCCAAAAAGUAGUAGUAGGCAAAAUUAGUAUGCAAAGAGUAAACCUAAAGACAGAGUAGCACAGGAAUGGAGAACUGCAGUCUAAAGAUCAAGAAAGAUGCUUUUAGAAAUACUCAAGCAUUGGUCUGUGAAAUUCAGUCUGUUUAAAAAAAAAGAGAAAGACCAAUGGUGGGUGGUUUUGGAUCUCCUACUUAGUAUGCCUAACUGCCAGUCAGAUGUAAUUAAGAAUAGGAUGCUAACUUUUGGGGCAGUUUUUAUUGUUAGUGGCCCUUUAAAAUCACAAGAGUGUUCAAAAAUCAUGAAGAGGAAUGUCAGGCCUGCCAGCAAUUGAAAGGUUAUAAAAAGGGGUGAGAGACAAGGACACACCUUAUUACAGCUGAUUUCCUACUUGUAUGCAAUCAAAAACAUUUCAGCAGGACUCCAAAGCAAGCAAGAAUGUUAAAGAGAGAAAUAAUAAAGCAUUCUUUCUAAUGGAAAAAAA